AAAAAAAAAGAAUUAAAAAAAAGAAACAAUAUAAUGGUGAAAUCAUAAGCAAAGAGCGUACGGCGUGUUGUGUGGAUCUUUUAUCAUAUCAAUGAUAAAAAGAUAACAGAGCGGAUGAAGAUAUUUAUGGUGUUAGUAUGGUGAUGUACAUAUCCCAAACACUGGGGUAGGAAUCACUGGUUCCCACAUCAGUGUGCGUAGAUUGGACCACCGCGUUUUCCUGUUAUUUGACUGUCAUUGACUGUACGUCAUUUCAUCAAGUGAAAUGAAUCGAUUUAUUGCAGUGGCCACAGUUCUGUUUCUGUGGACCAAUUCAGUGUGUGUACUUGCAGUGGAGGUCUGUACCAAAACUGGGCCGUGCAGUUGUACGUAUUCUGACAAGCACAUAGAUUUUUCGUCAUUAGCGUCAACAACGAGCGAACCUAAGUGAGUACUAGGGGGAAAAAAGAUGGGGGGGGGGGCGCCAAAAAAUAAUUAUUUGUGUAUGAGAUAUUCUUUGAUCUGUAAAACACUAAGUUACAGUAGCCAGGGUUCUAGGGGCGCUACUCAACUAAAUAAAAAAUUCUGAUAAAAGCUUGGUUGAUCAUAUUGAAGAUUUAAAUUACAAAUUACAGACAAUUACUCAUGGCCUCCCCCCCCCCGGGCCUGUCAGCCCCCGAGGCCAUAUGGCCGACGUUGAGAAUCGCUGGUGUAGAUGGUAGAGAAAGGAGAGGGUGGAGAGUGUGGAAGUUGAUAGAUACAUGCAUUAAAGUUAAAGUCACACGAAUGAUACUAUUUUGUAGUAGUUUUAAAAAAAAUCAAGCACAACUCGGUCAGACAGGAACUCCAAAUAAAAAAAACAAACAACUAUAUCUGCUUAUAACUAGUGAUCUGGUUACCUCGAUUUUAGCUGAAAAAAUUUCAUCAUUAGGGAUUUUUUUCUAAUGAAGUUCUUUUUUUUAAAUAUUUUUUUUUUUUUAUAUUUUAUUUUUUUAUAUAGCAAUUUAUCUUUUUAACUUGAACGAGACGCUGCCACAGUGUGGAUAACGUCGACUAUAUUAUAGAUAGCAUUGAAUAUUAUUAAAAAGAUCCAAUAUUUAGGCACUCGGUUAUAAAAACGGGGCCUCUAAACUGCUUACCUUAAUCAUUUUAACUGACUGUCACUCCAGAAACUACUUUUAAUAAUCCUUAAUAGCUCAUAAACGUAUAUUGAUUUUAUUGUAAGUUACUGUCAGUUGGUCUCAGAGCUUCUUCUCACUUACCCAAGUGGAUGCCGCCAAAAGAAAUGUCAAAAUUCUGAUCUAAGCCAAUUAAAACAUCUCGUUGGAGCUGGAGAUUUGAUUUGAGUAGCCUUUCAACUGGGGCGUGAAGAUUUUUAGGACCUCUAAGCUCAUUUAGUAACCUUAAAACACUAUAUAUAGGGGCCGUCGAUAAAAUACGUCACACUCCGAAAAAAAAAGAAAAAGGGGGGUAGGAGUGGGGGGAGGUAGUCUAAGAAAGUGUUACAGCUUAUGACAAGGGGGGGGGGGGCGUAAAUAUCUUGUGUGACGUCACACCUUUUAAAAAUUUAAUACAUAUUUACAACGUGACGUUGACAGUGAUUUUGAACUUUCUGUUGUGAUGGAUGUAUUUAUAUAGUGAUGUUGAACUUUCUGUUGUGAUGGAUGUAUUUAUACAGUGAUGUUGAACUUUCUGUUGUGAUGGAUGUAUUUAUACAGUGAUGUUGAACUUUCUGUUGUGAUGGAUGUAUUUAUACAGUGAUGUUGAACUUUCUGUUGUGAUGGAUGUAUUUAUACAGUGAUGUUGAACUUUCUGUUGUGAUGGAUGUAUUUAUACAGUGAUGUUGAACUUUCUGUUGUGAUGGAUGUAUUUAUACAGUGAUGUUGAACUUUCUGUUGUGAUGGAUGUAUUUAUACAGUGAUGUUGAACUUUCUGUUGUGAUGGAUGUAUUUAUACAGUGAUGUUGAACUUUCUGUUGUGAUGGAUGUAUUUAUACAGUGAUGUUGAACUUUCUGUUGUGAUGGAUGUAUUUAUACAUUGAUGUUGAACUUUCUGUUGUGAUGGAUGUAUUUAUACAGUGAUGUUGAACUUUCUGUUGUGAUGGAUGUAUUUAUACAGUGAUGUUGAACUUUCUGUUGUGAUGGAUGUAUUUAUAUAGUGAUGUUGAACUUUCUGGUGCCAUGGGUGUAUUUAUACAGACGAUGAAAUUUCAAUGAGUUUUUUUUACACUUUUAUUGUUGGAAAGAGUAUCGUACUUUAGAAAGAAAAAAAAAGGGGGGGGGGAGGAUCUUAAGGUUUGGAAUAAACUGUGACAUGGGAGGGAGGGGAUAAAAAUUCUCCAAAACAGCGUGGCCUACUUUAUGGACUGCCUCAUAUGGUGUAUUUAUAUCUUGUAUUAUGUAGCCAUAUUCAAUAAAUUUUAAAAGGUCGGCUUGUCCGUACCACAUAAUAAUAAUAAAGUUUUUUUUCCCAAAUGUAAGUUUUCCUAGACAUAAUUUAUUGUUAUAAGACUAUAUUAAGGCAAUGUUUGACCAUCUCUCUCCUCAGGUGGAAGGACACCUAUGACCAGUUCUACAAUAACCGUUUCUCGUACAACCCUUGCAAGCCUUUCACAGAAGGAACCUGUGUCAAUGUUGCGGUAUGAAAUGGAUUCCAAUAUUGGAUUAUAAUCGAUGAACUUGUACAUAGUAUUAUUGCGUAUGUGUUAAUAAUGUGGACCCCCUUUUUUUUUCUCAGAGCUUAUGAGGGACUCCGGUUGCACGACAUGCUUCAACUCUCCCGAUCAAUGUGUGAAAACAUGCAAACUUUAGAAGAGUCGAGUAGGAAAAAGUACUCAAGUUACAUUUAUUCAAAAAUGAAUUAAGACCGGCAUUGUAUUUGAUUACUUCCCCUGCACCUUUUCUGUAAAUAUCAUUCAUGAAAAAUGUACCUUAAGCGUAUGAUAUAGAAAUCCAUGUAACAGCUUAUUAAAGGACUUUAACAGACUUGAGAAAAAAAUAUAACAAUAUAUAACUUUAAACUCAUUUUUCUCAAAACUGCAAAAAUACAAUUAACUACUUUUUCUAUUCGGCCCUGUCUGUUAUAUUAUAUGCUCUGAAGUGAUCGCGUUAAAAAAAGAACACCAUUUAUUCAUUGGCACUUAGAAAUGUAGAAUGUUAUCUCGUACUGAUCUCGUAAGAGAUUGUAUAGCUUAAGAUCUAUGUGAAUCUCAAGCCCGAGCGUAUGGCCCGGACCCACUUUUAUUACUAUGAUAUAAUUAUAUUCAUAGCAAACUAUAACCUUUGACCCUACAUAGGCAUUUAAGCAUUCAUACUUUACAGACCCAGAAAAUUUUGAAAAAAUUUCUUCAUUUUAAGAGGUUACUUUAAAAAUUCAAGCGUGUCAUAUUCUUAUAAUUGUAUAGUGUGAGUAUUAUUGAUUCAUCGACUCCACAGUAAGUCUAUUCUGCUCCUUGGUACACUGAGAGUUUAUCAGUGAACAGCCUCUCCAUGUCUGCAAGAUGAGCAGGAAUGCAAAAUUAAAGUUCACAUUUUUUUUUUUUGGUGUGGUAAUUCUGAAUGAGCAAUCAUCAUUGGUGCAAAAUUUGACCAACACCGUCAAUUUUUGAUGCUGCCUCUGAUCCCUUUGUCUUCAGAUUUGACUUAUGCCAACAGGUUGCAAUCGCGGAUGUAGGCCUAAAGUUCCAUGUCAUCAAUUGUAACAACUCUUAUUUUUUAAGAUCUCAGUACAAGGAAAUCAAAUCUUCAUAUUUGUACUUAAUGUGUUCCUUUCGGCGAACUAAAUAUGAACAAUUUAAAUAAAUCUUAAUAGUCAGGGGUGGACUGGGGAGUUCAAGCGGCCCGCCAGGGGUGGACUGGGGAGUUCAAGCGGCCCGCCAGGGGUGGACUGGGGAGUUCAAGCGGCCCGGGAAAAAAAACAAAAAAGUGGCCCUAUUUUCAUGACUUUUAUUUGUAUUAUAUCACCGGUCCUAGCGGCCCAUCGGGAAUCUUCCCGGUGUCCCGGCGGCCCAGUCCACCCCUGCUUAAUAGUGUGUUGGCCAGCAAUUGGGUGUAACGGAGCAAUUUUGUAAAAUUAUUGUGAACAAAAAUUGUGUUUCUAUGUACUGAAAGCUGAAACAUUAUUUUAAUGUUUUUACUGAACAAACCUUACUCAAAUGACGACAUUUUAAGGUUGAUUGAGAACAUUUUAUUUUAACCAAAAAAAAAAAAAAAAAAAAAUUGAUAACAUAUUGUAACCCUUUCUCCCCCCCUCCCCACCCCCACCCCCAAACCCACACGUAAGAGGGCAUGGAGUGCAAUAACAAAAACAAAAAAAAAAAAAAAAAAAAUUUUUUUAAAUUCAACAAGCGAAAUGAUAUAGGUCACCAUCUAUUUUCAACAAGAAAAAUCAAAUUCAUAGGGCAACAUCAAUAUACAACAAGAAAAACAACAACACAUUAUUAAAGUUUUGCUUUUUCAAAAGAUAGUUAAAAUAUAUAGCCUAUAUGAAAAGAAUUCCGAUCUUUUCACAAAGACGAGAGUUAUUGAGGGGGAGGCUGAAAACUUUGUAAGUGAUGAUAAUUUUACUUUUUCGGAUCAUCUUUAACUUUGACUUUGGAAAUAAGCUCCACACCUUGAUACACUAAUUCCCUUUAUUUUUUUUAUUUGUACAAAUUAAUUUAACGGGUAUAAUUUUCUAUUAAAAUUACAUUUUCAUGCAAGAAAUGUAAACUAAUUUUUAUAACACAACUUUACUUUCAUAAUUGUAUUACAGGUGUGUCAGCUCAAUAACGCUGGUCAGUAUUUUGAAUGUGGUUCACAGGAGUCUGCAAACUUCCUGCUUGACCAGACAAGUGGGUUACCUGCCGUUGAAUACUCCAAAACAGAUGGUACAGGCUUGACAAGGUGAGCUCACCUUGUCCAUCUUCGCCGGUCACAAACUGGAACCUGUAAUGAUAAACAAUGCGCAAUUUUCAUUAAUGUUAAUGUCAACAUCCGAGAAUGUUUAUUGCAUGCCUAUUUCCGAGAAUAUUUAUUCGAGGCCUAUUUCCGGGAAUAGUUAUUAUAUAACCGAGAAUAUUUUAAAUAUUUCCGACAAUAUUUAUAAUAUUUAUAUACACCAGUGACACAAUCCGGAAAUAUUAGCUACUCAUGUUUAUAAAAUUAUAUUACAUUUUAGAUACAGUCGAGUACUUCUCAACUGUAUUACUACAGAAGGUGAUGCAAUAGAAAUUCAAGGUGAAGGUCAAACAGGGCAUUAUGUACGUAUAUUUUGCUUAAAUUUUAUUUGGUAUAAACAUUUUUUUUUUAAAGUUCAUUUUAGUAGUGAUUUAAAAGUUCAUAAUGUUAUUCAAAGAAAAACAAUUUCUAAUCAGAUAAACACAAUACAAACAAACCACAUUGGAAUUUUUUUUUUUAAUAACAAAAUAAGGUCAAUAUUUAUCAAUAAUGUCAUUUAGGAGGGUAUACGGAUAAUUAACAAGUACUUUUAAUUGCAAAAAACCCCAUCAAGGGUUGUAUUACGUCAUAAAAGUAUAAAACACUAUUUUAACACAAUUACUACUGUGAUCAAAAUGACGCUUGUGAACAGGUUCUGUUCUGCUCCUGGAAAUUUUGAGCAGGAAAACCCGAACAGCGCAUUAAAUGCACCGUAUCUUCUUAAAUCAUUGAAGCAAUGUGUGUAGACUUUGUUUGUUUGUGUAAUAUAAAUAGUGUGUCCCUGUAUUUCUUACAUAUCCCAACUAGAUCUAACCAUUCAGUAUCAAGUCAUAAAUAAAAAAAAAAUAAAAAAGACAUCUUUUAUGUCCAAGUAUAACACUUAGGCAAUUAGAAAAAAAAAACAUAAUGCUAAGAAUUCAAAGGAUUUUCUAUUGGCAUAAGUAGAAGAAAAGAAAUGAAUUUUUUUGGUCAAGAACACUGCUAUUUCCUUUCCACUAUCACCGACAAUGAGCCUGCUUGUCAGUGUAAAUAUACCUCUCAGACUGCUAAACUAAAUUCUUUCUAUGUGCAGGGCUUCAAACUCAACAGUAAAAAAUGCUGCGCGAUAGCAGGUGGCGUCACCAUCGAGGUGUCCAUCUCAGUGGGCAGUGUGCUGGUUAUCGUGUAAGUUUGACAUGCCCAGUAGUUGAAAAUGUGAGAUAUCAUCAUGAUUCGGAGCAACGACUCUCUUUGAUUAGCCGUGUAGGGUACACAUGAAAGCUACCCAGUUAACGAAACAGUAAUUUACGUCGGUUGUAUUGACGUACCCUGACGAAAUUUCACCCGUGGCGGUCGCCCUCCUCUUCGGACCUCAUUUAAGCCACAUGGGUGGAUUUGGGUUACCGAGGGGUCUCCACUGGUCUUAAUCUAGCAUUUCUGUGAUUGUGUCAACAAUAAAGAUUACAUUUUUUUUCCUCAAUAGUCGUUAGUAAUUUAAUAAUUUGAGAAACGUGAGGGGGGGGGGAGGCGACACCUGGGCGGGGUAAGACCAUGUAGGGAAAAAAAACAUUUUCGGAGAGAAAAGAGUAACUGCGUUGGUUCGUAUCAUAUCCGCUUUCAAAUCAUUUGUGGGUGACAUGGUUUGGCUUAGUAAACAUGGAUUGGAUGGCGAUAACGUGAAAUGAUAGGAAAUAAAUUAUUCUGACAAUAAAAAAUAUUAUAUGGGGUCUGUUUUAAUUAGCCCUACUAAACUUACUGGAAUCGAGUUUAGAAACAUCAAACAUGAUUUUGGUACCAACCACUGAUAAGUUUCUACGUUUUACAAACAUUUGAAUGUACCCCAAAGGCAGCGAAGACCGCUGCAAAGAGCGGGAGAUUUAAAAGAAAGUGCAAAUCGUCUUUGCAAAAUUUUAAAAAAUCACAAAAAGCCAUACACUAAAUUAUUUGAAUAUUUAAAAAUAUUUAAAUGACCUACCAAAUCCAUCUAUAACUAUAAUAUUUAAAUGACCUACCAAAUCUAUUUAUAACUAUAAUACUUUAAUGACCUACCAAAUCUAUCUAUAACUAUAAUACUUUAAUGACCUACCAAGUCUAUCUAUAACUUUAAUAUUUAAAUGACUACCAAAUCUAUCUAUAACUAUAAUACUUUAAUGACCUACCAAGUCUAUCUAUAAAUAUAAUAUUUAAAUGACCUACCAAGUCUAUCUAUAACUUUAAUAUUUAAAUGACUACAAAAUCGAUCUAUAACUAUAAUAUUUAAAUGACCUACCAAAUCUAUCUCUAACUAUAAUAUUUAAAUGACCUACCAAGUCUACCUAUAACUUUAAUUUAAAUGACCUACCAAAUCUAUAAUAUUUAAAUUGCAGAAACAUAAAUUAUAUAUGCCUUAAAUCAUUGAUAACAAAUAAGAGCGCUAGGAAAAGUACUCACUCAUAUGUAUUAUUGUUAAAAACUGAACAGAGUUGAGUAUUUCUUAGACUAAGUAUGCUGACAUAUAAAAGUGAUCAUAUUUCUCAGGUCAGCCUCUCAUAAUUAUAUACGUCGUCAUGGCGUAACAUAUUAUUCCUUUCAGAUUUUUCGUCCUUCUCAUCGUCUACCUCAUUGCUGGAAUAAUUUUUCAAAAGUUUGUACGUAAAGCCGAAGGCAAAGAGAUUCUUCCCAACUUUUCAUUCUGGUCUGGAUUUCCUUCCCUUGUCAGGGUAGGUGGCGCCAUGAUAAAAUAAAAGGGAGUUAAUAAUCAACUCUAAGCUAAAUUCCUUUGCAUAUUUUUCAACUCCUAUUUUUGAACUCAGUCCACGAACAGUGACCGAACCUCUAACCUUUAAAGUGACAUCCAAAUAAAUCCCACCAGAAAGCAGGUCACCGUCUUGAUCCAGUUGUUGCAACCAUUCUGCUAUCACAUCAGGGCCUGCGGCUGCAGUCAAACCUAAACUAUUUACAAGUAAUAUGGUAGACAGCACGUGCGCUAAAGGCCGCCGACUUUGGGGAGCCUAAAUUUGUUAGAAAAUAUUCACACAUCAAUAGUCCACAUGUUGUUGUCAUCAAAAGAACCAGGCUGACAAAGAAUUAUAUCGCCUAUACAUUUUUUGGUCCACUUGACUCAUUUUAAAUUUUUAGAUAGGUGUUUAGAGUAUUUGACCGACCUUAUUAUUUUCUGUAUAUGGUAUUUGAUAAUAAACCUGAAAACAUAUCUUACGUUUACUUAGUAAUAGUAUUCUAAAUAUCUAAUAUAAAUUAGUUUGAACUUGAUGGAAUAAGGUCUCACAACUUCAUAAGAUGAUAAAUAAUACUGGAAUGGUCUAAAGCAGGCCUGCACAACAUACGGCCCGCCAGCACCCACUUGUCGGCCCCACGAAGUAACGAAAUAUUCUUUAUUAUUAUUAUUUUCUUAAUACCGUUCUCUCUGUCCUAUCAAUAUUUCGCCCCGCACAAGCUUUUCAUAAAGUAUUAAGGCCCGCAGAAGUUUUUCAUAACGUAUUACGGCCUGCCUUACAGUUUGAGUUGUGCAGGCCUGGUCUAAAGCAAUGCAGGGAAAUGCACACACACAUUGUAUACCGAGGUAAUGUUCAGCAAUACUUCAUUAGGACCUGGCGCAUCUAAGGCACAUCAAUUAUACUACUCUACUUAUUAAACCUGUUUAAUUAUUUAUUUCAUUUAUUAAUUAGAUAACUAUUAGUUAUUCUUAGUGUCAUAACCAUUUAUUUUUUCCCAUUUGUGUUUGUGUGUGUCCAGGAUGGUGUUUUUUUCAUCAUACGACGUAGUCCAGGGGGGAAAGCAGGAUAUAGUAACAUCUGAGGGCAUCGUAACAUCUGAGGGCAUAGUAACAUCUGAGGAUAAAGUACCAUCUAAAGCAAUAGUAACAUUUAAGGACAUAAUAACAUCUGAGGACAUUUGAGGAAAUAUUAACUUCUGAGGACAAAGUAAAAUCAGAAGCAAUGGUAACAUCUGAGGACAUCUGACGAUAUUCAACAACAUCUUUGAUCCAAGAACAUAAAGAGCUUUCGAAAAGGUUCUUCUAUUUGUGAAACUCAUUUAAGGGACAUAUAGGCCGUGAUUUCAAUUAUAGGCUGUGAUUUCAAUUAUAGGCUGUGAUUUCAAUUAUAGGCUGUGAUUUCAAUUAUAGGCUGUGAUUUCAAUUAUAGGCUGUGAUUUCAAUUAUAGGCUGUGAUUUCAAUUAUAGGCUGUGAUUUCAAUUAUCUAACAAAAAUUAAUUUUGUGUGUGUGUGUGGGGUGGGGGGUUGUUAAUUUUCAAGGAUUAGUUUAAAAAAAUAUAUAUAUCAUUUCUUGAUUACAAACAUUACUCAUGGAGAACAGAAUUAAAUGUUGACUGAAUGCAAAUAGGCUGUGCUUAAAUAUUGACAAACAAACUUUGACUAUGGAUUCAUAUACAUUGACUAUUAGCUUACAAACCUUUUGACUUACAAACAUUGACUUACAAACAGACUUAUGAUUUACACUUAUUGAACAUUUACAUACAUAAAUGAAUAAUUCCCUUCAAAUAUCGAACAUGGAAAAGAAAAAUCAAUUAUUGACAUGGCAACAUAUUUUAUUUGUUAUGGAAGGUUCUCAAGAGUCAGGGUCCAAAGAAAUGACAAAGACGUUGAAUACAACUUCAUUUUUUAUCAACAAAUUUAUUAGUUAAAGAUAGAAUACUUUGUGGGAAUGUGCCAGAUUGUACGCGUCCACUAACAAGGGGAAGUAAUAUUGUGUUGUGUGUGUCUAGUUCAGAUGAAUAAAAGUUAAAAAGCACAAAUGAGAUACUUGUAAAUACGAUAAUAAAUUCAUAAAUACAUUUUAAUUGACACAAUUUUUUUAAAAAAAUUGUUUGCAUUUUUUAAAAUCUUUUAUAUUAACUUCA